AUAUCUUCUUUUCUUCAUUUUUUCUUUUAAUUUAUAUUUCUGAUUCUCUAAAUCUUGGAAGAUCAGAAGCUCCAUUCCUGAUCUCACAACUUGAAUAACAAUGGCGACAAGAUACUGGAUAGUUUCUCUUCCCGUUCAGACCUCUGCCACUUCUCUAUGGAGUCGCUUACAAGAAUCCAUCUCCAAAAAUUCGUUUGACACUCCUCUCUACAGGUUCAAUAUCCCAAAUCUUCGCGUUGGUACACUCGAUUCGCUUUUAGCCCUCAGCGAUGACCUACUCAAGUCGAAUACGUUUAUUGAAGGAUGUUCUCAUAAGAUACGGCGUCAGAUCGAGGAUUUGGAGAAGGUGUCGGGAAUUCUAGCUAGUUCCUUGACGGUUGAUGGGGUUCCGGUGGAUUCAUAUCUCACAAAAUUCGUGUGGGAUGAGGCGAAGUAUCCAACAAUGUCUCCUCUUAAGGAGAUUGUGGAUGGUAUUCAUGCGCAAGUAGCCAGGAUUGAGGAUGAUCUUAAGGUUCGCAUUGCGGAGUAUAACAAUGUUCGCAGUCAACUCAAUGCAAUUAACCGAAAGCAAACGGGAAGCUUAGCUGUUCGUGAUUUGUCCAAUUUAGUAAAGCCAGAGGAUAUCAUCACUUCAGAACAUUUGGUUACGCUUAUUGCUGUUGUUCCCAAGUACUCCCAGAAGGAUUGGUUGUCAUGUUACGAGACACUGACGACUUAUGUGGUCCCCAGAUCCUCCAAGAAUUUACAUGAGGACAAUGAGUAUGCUAUUUAUACUGUUACAUUAUUCAACCGUGAUGCUGACAAUUUUCGAACUAAGGCACGCGAAAGAGGAUUUCAAAUUCGUGAUUUCGAAUAUAACUCGGAAACUCAAGAGAGUCGGAAACAGGAGCUUGAAAAACUGAUGCAAGACCAAGAAUCCCUGAGAAGCUCUCUUUUGCAAUGGUGUUAUACUAGUUAUGGAGAGGUUUUCACUUCGUGGAUGCACUUCUGUGCUGUUCGUUUGUUUGCAGAGAGCAUUUUGAGAUACGGGUUGCCCCCUUCCUUUUUGUCCGUUGUAUUGUCACCAUCUGUGAAAAGUGAGAAGAAAGUACGUACAAUACUUGAAGGCCUAUGCGGCAGUUCUAACAGCACGUUCUGGAAAACCGAGGACGAGGGAAACAUGGGCGGCCUGGGUGGUGAAGCCGACACUCACCCUUACGUCUCCUUCACCAUUAAUCUUAUAUGAAACUAGCGAUGCUGUGGUAUCUGAUGUCGAUUCUUAUCUUUUUGAUUACAACGCAAUAAUGGUGGUGAUGAUGCUUAAAAAUCGGUGUAUUAUAGGGUAAAUUUACCCAAUUUUAGCUGGAGUUUUCGGUGUAUUAAAUUAUGUUCCAUUCCGAAACUUGUUCUUUUGUUUGAUUCGUUGUACUACGACCUGAAAGCUGUAUUCAUCUAUUCAGGAAAACACCCCUUGAGUAACGAUGUAAAAUGUAUGUGGAUCUUUCCUUUUAUUCGAAAGGUGGAGACGUUUUCGUAUUUUUUGA